CGGACAAUGCUAUCGUGCGCUUGCUGACUCGACUACAGAAUCUGUAUUUGUGUUUCAUUGGUCAUUUUGAAUCAUUUACUGUUAAGUGUAUCCUAAAAUUGUUAAGUGUAUUUACUGUUAAGUGUAUCCUAAAAUUGUAAAACGUGCUACCAUGACUACGGAUAUAAACUGUAGUUUGCGCCUUUAUUAACUGAAACGGACAAUGCUAUCGUGUGCUUGCUGACUUGACUACAGAAUCUGUAUUUGUGUUUCAUUGGUCAUUUUGAAUCAUUUACUGUUAAGUGUAUCCUAAAAUUGUAAGAUGGCAGCUCAUAUAUCAGGGAUUGAGUUACUACGAGUUUCCUCAAUUUUGCAAGACUGCUGUGAUCAGCUGGCAGUGUUAGGCCACAUCAUGCCAGAUACUGACAAACGACGUGCUGAGGCUGACAUGGUGCUGUCAGCGGACAUUAGUGCGGUCAUGGAACAACACAGAGCUGCUGAGGUUUGUCUGAAGGUUGCUCGUGAAGCUCGGGUAGACGGGGAUGCUGUGUCUGAAGCCACACACCAGCUGCACAGGUCACAAAAGGAACUAAACCGUAUCCUGGCAGAAAGCAGAUUCUCUUCUGACAACCUAGCCAAGGUGCAGAGAGACAGGCAGUUCUUGGCCCAGGUAAAAAGUGAUACGCUGGCAGAGCUACAGGAGAAAGGUACCUUUCAAAGUUUGUGGCAGGCACUGGAGGAGGAGAAGAAGAGGAAGGCUAACCUGCAGGACAUAAUCAUCAGGGAGGAGGAGGGUUGUCUCAGGGCUAAGGCCUUACAAAGACAGUUACUUGACAUUCGAAAGGAAAAAACAGUGGCGCUUCAGUGGCGAGAGGAAAUGACAGCACACUUGAAGGAUCAGCUGCAGGAGAUGAAAGUUAAGACAAGUCUGGAGAGAAAGUACGUGAAGAGCUGUGCUGAGCUGCUGGUCUACCAGGGACAGAAACUUAACACACGUCAGGAGAAACAGCUGGAGGAUGAGAUAAAGAUGCUAGAGGGAAAGUUGGAGGAGGAGAGGAGGGUUCACAAGGAGAUGGAAUCGUUCCUUAAAGAGCAUCAAACAAAUUUAGAGGUAAAGCUGGAGUAUUGGGUAGAGCGCUAUGAGAAAGACAUGGAGGACAAGCAACAAGAACUUAAUGCUUUAAGAACCAACAAAAACAAUAACCUGGCACAGUUACAAGAUCUAGCUAAAAAGUAUAGAGAAAGCAAGCAGGUUAUUAUCGAGGACAGACUGGUGAAGGAUAACUUGCGCAGACAGCUGGAGAGAGCGCAACUGGAGAGGAACGCAGCAAUUAAGAUUCAAUCAUGGUGGAGGGGAACUGUGGUUAGGAAAUGCCUGGGCCCUUACAAAAAGGCCAAGAAACCCAAGAGUAAAGAAAGGAAAAAAGGGAAAAAAAAAUGACAAUGGUGGACCACAUAAAAUAAAACAUGUCAGAGAGGGGAACUUUAUUAAUCAGUUUAUAAUGACUCCAAAUUCUCAUACCAGAAAAUACUUUAAUAUUUUACUAAUUUUAUAACAUUAAAUGUUUUGCUUGAAAUAGUUAACAAAUGCCAUUUAAAUAAAAAAGAAAAAGGGGGCUUUAAGAAGUUCAUGCUGUCUAUAUAUGAAAUGCAGUGGUUCCUGUUAUGCAAGCUAUGUGGACAGCGGUACAUACUUGUCAACGUAUGGAAUGUAUUAAUUUACUGUACAGACACGCAGGGGAAAACCCUGCAGAAGGGUCAACAUCAUUUCUGCUGGGGAUUACCCUAGUCAUAAUUUUAAUUAUUUAAAUGAAAAUUAAAAAAAAAAAAAAAA